AUGGCAACUCAAGCCGGCAAACCGACUGUACUUAUUGUGGGAGCGGGCCUGGGAGGACUGAUGCUGGGAGCCCUCUUGGAGAAGGCCGAUAUCUCUUUUGUCAUCUUUGAGCGUUCUUCGUCCGUUAAGCCCCUCGGAUCGGCUAUCAUGGUUGGACCCAACUUGAUGGGCUUGUUCGAGCAGAUGAACAUUGCCGAGGAGUUCAAGGCCAUUGGUAAGCCAACCUUCGACUGUAUCAUCGGCAAGGAUAAUAUGGAGGUUGUUUGUAAGGUCGACUUUCGACACACGGUUGAAUACACAGGAUAUUGCAACUACAUCGUCAGUCGUCCAGAACUCUACGAACUGCUCCUCAGACAGAUCCCUCCACACAAGGUCCUCUUCAACAAACGUGUACUCAAAAUUGCCGACUCUGAAGAUGGCGUCCAGAUUACAACCACCGACAAAUCCACCUACAAAGGUGAGAUCCUCGUCGGUGCCGAUGGCGCCUACAGUGCCGUCCGACAGCGCAUGUACGAGACCCUCAAGGCAGCAGGCACGCUACCCAAAUCCGACCAAGAAGAUCUCCCAUUCAAAUCGACCUGCCUGGUCGGUCAAACCACGCCCAUGGAUUUCGCCGCCGAAUUUCCCGAGUUCCUGGACGAGUCAGGACCCUUCUACUGCACCCUUAGCAAGACCUCGCCCUACACCUGGACAGUCUUCCCGACUAUCAACGGGAAUCUUUGUUGGAUGGUCAUGCACCACCUCGACAAAGAAUCGAGUAAGGCUGCAGAGGAGCAUCGGUUCAGAGAGUCAGAGAAUUCGCAGUGGGGGUCGCAUGCUGCUCAGGCGAUGUGUGAUGAGACGCGACACUUUAUUUUGCCGUUUGGAACCAAGAAAGCGACCAUGGGGGAUCUGUAUGACUUGACACCGCAGGAUCGUAUCUCCAAGGUUAUGCUUGAAGAAAAGGUCUUUCAGACCUGGUAUUCUGGACGAACCGUCCUCCUCGGAGAUGCAUGCCACAAGUUGAAUCCGUCAGGAGCACAUGGUGCGGUGACGGCGAUGCAUGAUGCACUGGCGUUGGCGAACCUGAUAUACGCGCUGCCCAACAAGACCUCCGUAGCAAUCGAAGAGGCGUUCUCCGAGUACCAGGCAGAGCGAAUCGGGCCUGUCACGGCAUCCUACAACGCCAGCAAGGCCCUUUCGAUGGUCAUUGGACGAGGUCCCAUUGGCGCAAUCGCCCUGUUUCUUCGAAAGUACACCCCUUUGUUCAUUUGGGACACGGUCAUUGUCAACAAGAAGAAGGCUAUCCUGGAUCGUCCGACUGCUGGGUUUCUGAGGAAGGUGAGGACCAAGGGGACGGUGCCUCCGACUGUUUCGCCGAGUAGCGAAAAGGCUAGGAAAGUGUUUGAGGGCUGA